CAAAAGUUUCAAGCCUCGGAUCACCGAAUGCCCUCCUGAACUUUCCUAUAAAUCGGACCCUUACUUUACCCAUGUCCUCGAUCCCAAAUCUUCAAACAUUUCGAUCAGAAAUUCUUCUGAUCUCUGUUUCUGUUCUUCAAUUCGAUCCUCAUUUGUUUCGAUUCGCUUUCUCCUCUAUAUAUUGAUCGUAAAUUUAUCCUUCGCCGGGCCUCCGAUUCAUUUCUAGGGUUAGGGUUUUCAGGUCCUCAAUAAUACUGCUAUUUUAAGGCGGGGUUUUGUUCGAUCUUUAAAUCUAGUUGUUUAUAUUAGUUUUUUGUCGGUCAAUUCAUCUGGGUCGGUCGAAAUUAUUUGAUUUUUUUGAAGUUUUGAAAAUUUUCGUUUCUAUCGAUUUUCUGUUCGAUUCAAUUUUUCUACACAGAGUGACAUCGUUGUAUGUGUUUUGAUUUGCUGGAAACUGGUGUUUAAUUGUAACAAAAAUUAGGGAUCUAGAAUUUUGAUUUUGUUAACUGGGGUUUGUGUAUUGUUCAACUUCAUCGUCUUAUCGUCGAUCCUGUGAUUUUAUCAUUUUUCGUCGGCUAUUCUUUAGGUAAAAAAUGAUUCACAAACGGCCUUUUGUUGAUGAUGAUUCUUAUGAGGUUGCUUGCAAGCACCGUAGACACCUGGAACACAUUGAUCAACUUGCUCCAAUGGCUUUUCUUGAUGAUUCUCAUCCGAAAACUACAACUUCAGAUGAUGAUAACAUUCUUAGUAACUGUCAACAUAUUGGGAGGUCUGCAAAUGAUUCAGUCGUAGCAGUUUCCAAUGACAUUAACAACUUUGAAAGUGGUGCUUCUGGCUGUUUUCCUCAUUUUUUAUGGAUCAACAACGGAAUUCUUGAAGCAGAUAAUCUCUCAUUUUUCCCUGAAUAUUUUGAUCAUGGACACCAGCUAAGGGCGCUACUUCAGCCUGAUGAGGUGUUCUCAUCUUUCGACUAUCCUUUUUGGAAGCCAGUUUCAAUUGGUCCAGAGCAUCAAGCUUUUGUUCCAGAGUGGGAGGGUCCAAACGCCUCUUCUAAUCAGCUAGAUAAGUCUAAUCCCCAAGUUGUGCUUGCACAAUCAUCUAGCCCCAGUAUCCUAGUUCAUGAUGGUUAUGAGGAGAGGCUGACGGGUGUUUGUGUUAUUCCUAUGCCUGAUUUGGAAGCAUCUGUAACCCAUUGCUGCGAAGGCACCAAAACUGACUGUAGUUGCCUUGAUCAGGGAUCUAUUGAAUGUGUAAAACAGCACAUCAUGGAAGCUAGGCAGAAACUUAGGGAGAACCUUGGGGAGGAGAUAUUUGAUGGGCUGGGUUUUUAUGAUAUGGGGGAAGACGUAGGAAAGAAAUGGACUGAAGAGGAGGAGCAACUCUUCCAUGAUGUAGUCCUAUCAAACCCUGCAUCGUUGGGCAAGAACUUUUGGGAUCAUCUGCCAGCAGUGUUCCCUGGCCAAACAAAAAGGGAGCUUGUCAGUUAUUAUUUCAAUGUAUUCAUGCUUCGGAGACGUUCUGAGCAGAAUAGGUUUGACCUGCUAAAUAUUGACAGUGAUAAUGAUGAGUGGCAAAGAAGUGAAGCUGGAAUGACAGAAGGGGAUGAGGAUUCUGCAGUGGAAUCUCUGAGUGGAAAAGACGCUUCUGCUUAUUAUCAGGAGGAUCAUGCAGAGGAUUGCAAUGAACACAUUGAGGAUGAGGAUGAAGAUGAAAUUGGUGCUUCCAAAGAGAGUGCUGAUGAUGAUGUUCGGAGAGUUGCAACUGAUGAGGAGUAUGAGGGAGAUAUAGACGAUAUUUCAGAAGCAUAUGUUGGUAUUUCCAACAAUGCUUGUGGUGGUGAUGGUGGCUUUGAACUUUUCAAAGGGAUUCCCAGUAACGAGGGGGAUGACUUUGAUAUUGAAAAUGAUUCAUGUACAUCAUAUGAGUGUCAGAGAGAAAAUGUUGAGUCCAGUGGUCCUCUUCAUUUUGUAACUGAUGGAAGACACUCUGGUCAAGAGUGAUCCAGUCAGGGAGCAUACUGUUGAUGGCCAGCAAGAGGAUGCUGGGGAGAUGUGUAAUUUCCUUGCAGCUGUUAAGCUUGGACAUUACUAUCAUUUGUGAAGGAAUUAAGAGUGAUACGUCCAGAAUUUCAUAGAAGGGACUUCCUGAGAGGAGGAUGAACCGGGUGCUGGCUGAAAUAUGAUGUCGGUGUGGAGUAGAGACUGUUAUCAUGCAAUCUUUCAAAUUGAAGGACCUAGGUAGGCAUAAAAUCUCCAAGUCACUCAGGAGUCGGCUGUGCGAUAAGAAUAUUCUCAGAUUGACAGCUAAUCAGUCUACCUUUUGCUUGAAAAUUUUGAAAAAGUGGAGGCAUUGCAAAGUGUCAGGUAUUUUUAUAGAUGGUGGUCGGAUUUUCCAUGGGUGGGCCAAAGGAACUCCCAUGGAAAUUAGCCAAGCUGCAGGUUGCUAAUCUGGGUGGCAUGACCUGAAUUUUGUUUCACUUAUUUAGAUCAGUCUGCUGGAAGCAAAUAUCCUUCGAAGUUGAAAACCCCACCAUCAGGAGGCCACGGGUUGCAUCUCAAACAUGUUCACAUUUCCCAUUCACAUGUUCUUUUGCUUUCAAUGUUCUUGUUGUCUUUGUCAGUCCCAUUUAUUCUCUAUAUCAGAAAUAUGUUGCCAAUGUAACAGGUUGGCAGUCUCGAUAA